AUGCAGUUCUGUGGCUGUCUGAUGUUUUGCUGCCUGCUGUCCAUCACUGUACUCCACGGCAGCGUCGACGGCUUCCGAGUCAAACAGGUGUCCCAGCGUGUAGACCGGCCCGUGUCCAGGUCUCUGGCGGCUCUUCGGCUUCGUCCCCGAGUGGUGAAGACCGGGGAGGAGCUAACGGCAAAGCUGCUCCGACUGGAUGACCUGGCUCCGCUGGAGAAUGACGUCAUGGAGCCAAAGAGGAAGAGGAGUUUCCCUGGCAACAACGCCCCGCUGGACCGCCUGUCGAUCAGCUCCAUGGAAACCAAACAGGCAACAAACAAGCAGAGCAAGACAGUUGAGUUGCCACGGCGACGAGUCAAUCCGCCUCCCAUCGACAGGAUUGGAAUGAGUCGUCUACCAAACAGUCGAGGAUAG